CUUAGGACUGGCUUGUGCAAUCCCCAGUGGCUGGGUUGGGUCCCUGCUCAGGAAUCAAACCCAGGCCAUGGCAUCAGAGGGUAACAUUGCCACCUUACUGUUCCAGGAUUCCUGGCUUGAUCCUGUUAUCCGUACUGCAGAUAUACAACUGACUGCAGCGGGGAAGAAACAUCGCUUUCAGCUCUCAGCUCUCUCCUCAGCAUCCUUGUGAUACUACACUGAGUUUGUAUUCAGCACACGCAGCAAGCUCAUUUAGAAAAACCAAACAAAACAAAACAAUGGAGUACCAGUACAAAACGCUUAUUUGGUCAGCCUUUUAAUAGGUUCAUCCAAUGAGAUCCAAGGUGUUUGGGGCCCUUCUCUUCUGAUAACUACCAUCUCCCUCUCACUGGGCCCAUCAUUUCAGUUCCACCAUGGACGACACAGACACUCGGGACCACCUGUCCCUUAUGAAGGGGGCAAAAGAUAUGGUGAAAGAGGCCAAACGGCAUGCUGCCAAAAAGGUCAGCACAGUAGUUGACCGAGCAUCAGAUGAAUACUCACACAGCCGUGCCUAUCAGCGCUUCCAGGACGAAGAUGACGGUGAAUACUAUGACCCGCCUCAGGGCAACUACACAGGCGAUCACGCCAAUGAUGAAGAAGGUUCCAGUGAUGCCACUGAAGGCCAUGAUGAUGAAGACGAGAUCUAUGAGGGUGAAUACCAAGGAAUUCCCUCUGACUCCGGGCACAGGGAUGGACAUGUGGCUUUGGGGCAGCCUGUAGCAGAUGGCCUUAAGGACCGCAGGGAGCUUGAAAGUGAGAGGCAAGCAGAUGAGGAGGAGCUGGCGCAGCAGUAUGAGCUGAUCAUCCAGGAGUGUGGCCACGGCAAGUUCCAGUGGCAGCUGUACUUCACACUUGGGUUAGCACUCAUGUCUGAUGGUGUGGAGGUUUUCGUAGUGGGCUUCGUGCUGCCCAGUGCUGAAACAGAUAUGUGCAUGCCUGAUUCGAGCUCGGGAUGGCUAGGUAGCAUUGUAUACCUGGGGAUGAUGUUGGGGGCUUUCUUCUGGGGGGGCAUGGCAGAUAAAGUGGGUCGGCGACAGUGUCUGCUUAUCUGCAUGUCCAUGAACGGUUUCUUUGCCUUCCUGUCUGCCUUUGUACAAGGCUAUGGCUUCUUCCUGCUCUGUCGCAUGAUAGCAGGCUUUGGGAUUGGUGGAACAGUACCCAUUGUGUUUUCUUACUAUGCGGAAGUCUUAGCGAGAGAGAAACGUGGCGAGCAUCUGAGCUGGCUCUGCAUGUUUUGGAUGAUAGGGGAGAUCUAUGCUUCUGCCAUGGCCUGGGCUAUCAUACCUCAUUAUGGUUGGAGCUUCAGCAUGGGCUCGGCAUAUCAGUUCCACAGCUGGAGGGUAUUUGUAGUGGUGUGUGCUCUGCCAUGUGUCUGCUCUGUGGUAGCUCUCACAUUCAUGCCGGAAAGUCCAAGAUUCUACCUAGAGGUGGGGAAACACGACGAGGCCUGGAUGAUCCUCAAGCAGAUCCACGACACCAACAUGAGAGCACGUGGACAACCGGAAAAAGUCUUCACUGUAAAUAGAAUUAAAACCCCAAAGCAGAUUGAUGAGUUCGUGGAGAUGCACCCAGAAACCAGUAACCUCGUGUCCAAAGUUAUUUUCCGAGUGAAGACAGAACUUCAUGGGAUCUGGUUGACCUUCAUGAAGUGUUUCAAUUAUCCGAUGAAAGAUAAUACGAUAAAGCUGGCCAUUGUUUGGUUUACACUGUCAUUCGGGUACUACGGCUUGUCUGUGUGGUUUCCUGACGUGAUCAAGCACCUUCAGGCUGAUGAGUAUGCUUCUAAAGUGCAGUGGCACAAUAAUGAGCAAACCGAGGACUUCACAUUCAACUUCACACUAGAGAACCAGAUACACACCAACAGUGUGUUCAUCAAUGACAGGUUCAUAAAUAUGAAAUUCAAGUCAGUAACUUUCAUCAACACCACCUUUCAAAGCUGCCAUUUUGAAGAUGUAACGUCUGUAGGAUCAUUCUUCCGAAACUGCACUAUUAUUGAUUCUUUUUUCUACAACACAGAUAUUGAGGACUCCAAACUGAUAAACACAGAAGUCAAAAACAGCACAUUUCUUCACAACAAAACGGGAUGUCAGAUGACGUUUGAUCAUGACUACAGUGCCUACUGGGUCUACUUUGUCAACUUCCUGGGGACGCUGGCUGUGCUACCAGGAAACAUUGUGUCUGCACUUCUCAUGGACAAAACAGGGCGUUUAUCCAUGCUGGGAUUCUCCAUGAUCCUUUCUGGGAUCAGCUGCUUCUUUCUGUGGUUUGGCACCAGCGAGGCCAUGAUGAUCGGAAUGCUGUGCCUUUAUAACGGCCUCAGUAUCUCUGCCUGGAACUCACUGGAUGUGGUCACAGUAGAGCUAUAUCCUACUGAUAGGAGAGGAACCGGCUUCGGCUUCUGUAACGCUUUGUGUAAGCUCGCAGCAGUGCUGGGGAACCUGAUCUUUGGCUCUCUGGUCAGUAUUACUAAAGUCAUCCCGGUCCUCCUCGCAUCAUCUGUGCUGGUGUGUGGUGGUCUGGUGGGACUCCGGCUCCCGGACACAAGGUCAAAUGUCCUGAUGUAGGAAGUCAACAGCUUCACUCAUGUCUGGCGCUCAUGGCACAUGUGUCUCCCAUUCAUUUCCACGUUGUUUGUGGCAUUCUUUUUUGAAAAGCUAAAAAUCAUGCACUAGAAGAAGUGAAAAAGAGUGAGAAAUAUGAGAAAUGUGAUACUGUAGUGGAAUUUGCAGAAGUAAAUGGUUCAACUUAAGAAGAAGUGAGUCAUAAUGUGAGUCAUAUUAUGUUUGAGAGCAUCCCAGUUAUGAGGCAGAUCAUUUCAGCACACAGCUGUAUGAGGUAACUAGGCAGAAAUGGAAAACCAGAAGAUCGUAAUGAGUAAAACACCUUAAUCUAAAACACAGAAGUGUUGUGAAUCAAUUUCCAAAUGCUAUGUAUUACAUGAGUAAUAUUUUAUGGACUGCUUUAUUUUCCCUGUAUCUUUAUGCAGGCUGCAAAUCCAAUACAGUAUGAAGCUGAAAGCAGGUAUUUAUAGAGGUGUAAAUUUGAAUGCCCCCUCUUAUUAAGAUGCUCCAUAAGAGAGUCCAUAAGAGAACAGGACAAUCAGAAGGACUGGGAUAGCUACACAGCUUAUUAUUUAUUUACACAGCUUACUAUUUAUUGGCCAUAAACGGUCCUAAUGCUUUUACAUAUAGCAUAACUGCUGAUUAAAAAAACACAGGUUCUCUACAGUUUAACAAGAUUCACCUUCAUACCAGUGCAAAAAUGAGUGUAGUUUAAAUGUACAUGCAUAUCAAAUGCAGUAAGUGAACAGAUUGAAAUAAUCUUAAAACCUUAGCUGAAAUAUCUCACUCCUGCUCUUUCACACAUUUUGUGGAGGAAUUUUUAACAUUGAUUUAUUGAGCAAUUAACUAUUAUUUAUUGCUUUAACAUUGUGUGUGUGUGUGUGUGUGUGAAAUGGUAAAAUAAGCUGUUCACCACAUUCUAUGUACAAAUGAACCCAUAUCUGGAAAUAAUGCUGGCCUUUAAAACUGUGCCUCUCCUUUGCUUAACUGUCACUCACUUUCAGAUGAAGAAUCUUGACAAAUAAUCCAUCAAAACUCCAUUUUUGCUCAAUAACAAAACAAAACAAAAAAUUAAAACCCUUUAAGGACACAACACUGUGCUAGGCAUGAUUGACAGUGCAGGUUUUGGUGACCGUGAGCUUUAAAAGACCGAUAUAAAGACCUGUUUAAAAGAUUAAGCAGAUAGAUUGUCCAUCUUGUGAGUCUAAACCACCAUGAGUUCAUGAAGUUUAUUAUUAGUUUGUUUAAAGCGUUUUACUGUGUUCUUAUAUACAAUUAUACAGGUACUACUGACCUUCACGAAACAGAAGAUCUGAGGAGAGUGUAAAUAUAACCAUGGAUUAGAGAUUGGAAGUCGAGUCAAUUUCAAAAUAUACCAGAUUAUUGUUCUUUGAUUAGAUCAUUCAUUUGACUUGUGGUUUCUUUUAUUCGUGUUCAUCCAGAAUCAGACUAACAAAACCUAUUGUGUCACCAGUAUGUACCUCCACAGGCCAUUAUUCCCCUCACAAAGGUACUUUCUACGUGCUGCUAUAUACGGUUGGUUUGUUUCCUUACUACAUUAAAUUGUUGACACUACUGUUUUAAAAUUUGGCAAAGACAUCUAUUUUUAAGAUACUAUUUUACAAUGAUUCUAAGCCAUUCUGUUAAAUAAUAAUAAUAAUAAUAAUAAUAAUAAUAAUAAUAAUAAUAAAGUAACAUAUGAUAAUACAAAGUGUCCUAUACUAUUUUUGAUUAGGCCUCUGACAAACCAAAGUGACUUACUGCUGUCUGACUCUCAGCAGAGCUAUGCAGUCCCUGAAGUAGAGGUUUCUCAAACAAAAAAAAAAAAUGUAGCUAAUUAAUUAAUUUAGCCAAAUUUUAAUGAAGCAGUGUUUAUCAGUAUUAGGAUACAUAAUAAUGUUAUAGUAGAUUGUUGUGUGUCAGCUAACGUGUUUAUGCGCUGCUUAUGAAUGUGUAAUUGUUCGGAAAAUAUCGUAUAUACUAUACGAUGCAGUGUGUGUGUAUGAGUAUUGGUGUCCACAAUUGAAGAAAGAUGCAAUGUUUCCAUCUUUUAUCAAACUAAAUAAAUAAAUCCUCUCAACCAUCUGACAUUGCAGACAACCUUGCAUGUGUGUAUGAAAUAGUCUGUCUUUGUGCUCAGUUUUGUGUUCUUAUGUCCCCUUGCUGGGGGACAAUCAGAAAAUGAUCAUUUGGAGUAAAGAAAUGAAUGUUACACUGCUCUGUGUUUUCUGAAAGUUGGGUGUGUAAUUUGUGAACAUGAAAAAAAAAAGAGCUAACUUUUGUGAAAGUAAUAAAGAUAUGUGCUGAAAUGA